UUCAAGAUGAAGAAGUCUUCCAAAAGAGAUAGGAGCUCAAGAGAAAGAAGAAUUUAUACCUACAGUGGUAAGGAGGAAAGUAAAGAAGGGAACCUCCCGAAGCAUACUUACAAGUCUGCAUCCUACAAAUACCUCAAAGCUUCAUAUAGCUCUAAGAGGAACUACAACAAGAGCUCUAAGUACAGCAGCCAGUAUUCAGAACAUAAGCAUAAGAAUAGCGGAAGCACUAGAGAACGGAAAAGAGAUAAGAAAUACAUUGAGAAACGUAGAGAGGACGAUUUUAAGAUCCCCAGUAAAUUAUCCAUGGCCUCUUCCGAAUAUAAGAAGUAUAAAGAAAAAUGUUGGAACUAUAAGCCUUCAAAAACAAGGAACAAGGACGGAUUCUGAGAUAAGAAGGUAUCCCAUACUGGGUCAGAAAAAUCAUCCGUAAUGUGCCUCAGCCCUAGCAAGAGAGAUCGAACUAAAGACGCGGCUCAUUAUGAUUAUGAGAUCGGUGAUAUAAUCAUGAAUAGAUAUAAAAUUAUAAAGCACCUUGGAGACGGCACUUUCGGCAGAGUUUUCGAAGUCGUGUCCCUCAAAUCAGGAGAAAUCUACGCCUGUAAAAUAAUUAGAGCUGUUUCUAGAUAUAUAAAAUCCGCCAAGAUCGAAGCGAGAAUACUUGAAAACAUUAAAAACAAGGUACAAGGGACUGUGAGAGUUAGGAACCACUUUGAAUUUCAAAAAUCUUCCCAGUUCAGAGGCCAAUACUGUAUUCUCUUUGAAAGAUUAGGACGUUCUCUAUUCCAAUUUUUAGAAAUGAACAACUACAAGGGUUAUCAUUUAUCUACUAUUCAGGACAUAACAAUACAGGUGUUGAAGUCUCUGAGGGACAUGCAUGACAAUGCCAACUUGAUCCACACAGAUUUGAAACCAGAAAAUAUAUUAUUGGAAGACGAUAGGUCAUUCACCCUUGAUUCUUGGAAAGAGCUACCGCUGCAGGUGUUUGCUGAGAAAAAGGACGCAAGAUACAAAAUAAAGAGGGAUGGCACAAUUGAGCACUUCUAUUGCAAAAGUGAUGACCUCCAGCUUAAAGAGCAAUUAUAUUCAGUCCCCUAUUCAACAAAGGUCAAGGUCAUUGAUUUUGGUUCAGCAACUUAUACAAAUGAGAACUGAUCGGGGAUAAUUAAUACUAGGCAAUACAGAGGACCCGAAGUCAUGCUCGACUGAGGAAAGUGGACAGACACUUCUGACAUUUGGUCGUUUGGAUGAAUCUUAGCAGAGCUUUAUUCUGGCAAUCAACUUUUUCCAACACACAGCACAAAUGAACACCUAGAUAUGAUUGAUAAAAUGUGAGGGCCAUACCCAACCUGGAUGCUGGAUAAAGCAUCACCCGACAUCAGAAGAGAGCAUAAGUACCUCUACUAUAAAAGAAGAUCAGAUUUUGAAAUAUCUAGAGAAAAAAUGAGAGAAUAUGAGCAUGGAGAUUUCAAAAAGCUUGAUGAUCUAAUCCUACCAGGUCAUGAAGAGUUUAAAGACUUCAUAAAAUACCUUGUACAGAUUGACCCGACCAAGAGACCCUCCGCUCAUGAAGCUCUCAAACACAAUUUCUGAACAAUAAAGAUCAACCCUGAGUAUGGAAUAAUUGAGAAAUGAAGUAGCAAAAGAGAGAGCAAAUCCACUACUAUGUCACAUACCUAA